AUGUCUUGGAUCGAUUAUGCGGAGGACGUUUUCACCAAUGCCGGGCCUACCGGUAACCCUGCCUAUUUCUAUACCCAAGAUACCGGAGUCUCCGAGCGCAACGUUCCCUCCAAUGUUUCAGUGGAUGCAUGGCUGGACUACAUUUUUUCUGCUGAUGCGGGCUCAAGCCGAUGGUCUUUCCAGUUCGACGUGACAGGCGGUAAAACGAAUGAGGUCAGCUCGGACGCAAUGGCCUUUCCGCACCGAGAUAGCAUCUACUUCAUGACGGCCUACGCAUCUUCUAAUGGCGAGACAUCAGGUAAGACCAUCAAGUUCAUCAAUGAGGCUGUUCUGAAGCUUCAAAACAACAAACCUGAUGAGUCCUUGUCUUAUGUUGGAGUUGCUAGCUUGGCUCAUGGAAAGGAUGCCCAGAAGAGAUAUUGGGGCGCCAAUUUGCCAAAAUUGGAGAGAAUUAAGGCUGCACUUGACUUUGACGAUGUCUUCUCUACCCUUCAAUACGUCAAGCCGGCGUCUCUUUAG